ACUGAAAUCAAAGGGUUAAUGCCUUGCUAAUGUCCUCGUGAAGGGAAAAAACGGAUGAAUCUCUUUAGUACGAUAUUAAACUCACAAACAACAGUGUUUUAAACGUAAUUUCAGGGAAUUUCUAUCGUCAUGUUUCGGUAGUUCCCUCGCGCACACUCACCCUUCAUCUCCACGGUCUUCAGUGUCUUUGACCGUGAACUGUUGGCUUUGGCAUGCGGCCUGAUUCCCCCCUCCUGCCUUCUGAUUGGCCGCCGCUAAGCGCCGACCUCCUGGAUGAACUAAGCGACUGGCUUUUGAUUGGACGAGAGCGCCGAGCGGUUGUGGGCUGAUGCUUUGUCUUUGCAUAUUCAUAAGCACCAUAGCGCUCCACUCCUCACCCACCGUCGGUUACUGGAUGAAUGUUAUCUUUCCGCGACUUUAUCGUCAGUCAUCAUUUUCAUUGGACUUUGUCAGCCUUUUCCGCGUUUAAGCGACACCAAGGUCGCAUUUUUAUCCGGUUACGACCCGGUCACGGUGCAGCGAAGCGUUGAUUGACGUGCGGAGGCCCCGCCCUGGCUUUAAACCCACCUGCUACUCAGCUGAACCGCACAAUCCCCCAGGGCUGUUUCAACACGAUUAAGACCGAUUUAUCAUUUGGUUAAACCAUCCGUUAUAUCUGGACCAUCCUGCCCAAGCAUAACCAGUUUACAUAAUCUCGUUCUUGCGAGCUCUCCGGGUCAACGUUUCCGAAAGACGGAUCUCUACCGCAAAGAUGAUGCAAAUAGUUGAUUCUCACAACCAAAAGAACUCCCUCUUCAACGCUAUGAACCGGUUUAUUGGUGCCGUGAACAACAUGGACCAGACGGUAAUGGUGCCAAGUUUGUUGAGGGACGUCCCGCUGGAGCAGGAGGACGAGAAGGAGGUGAAUUCUCCCCACAACGGAGACAUGUACGGCUCCUAUGUUCUCCUCAAAUCGAUCAGGACCGACAUUGAAUGGGGCGUGCUCCAAGCUGACGAAAGACGCAAGGAUAAGCACGGCGUGACGACGGCGACCCUGGACGUGGCCCGCGUCGAGCCGGACGACGAGAACUUGGAGAAGCUGUUUCGUUUUCACCUAAACGGAUUGCACACGGUGCUGGCGAAGCUCACCCGAAAAGCGAACACUUUGACGAAUAGGUACAAGCAGGAAAUCGGCAUUGGAGGAUGCGGGAAUUGAAACGAGUUUAAAGUACACGCGCACGAGAGGGUGCCCGCCGGGAUCGCAGCCAAAACCCCGUUGGCUUCUACUCAUCUCUCCCCGCCCCCCCCCCCCCGGACAGGACAAUUAUGACUUGUAGGGCCGGUUUACAAGUACCCUCGAUGUCCCCGAUAUUGUCUGGAUAUUAUUGGCUUGAAGACAGACUUGUAAAAUUAAAAUGCGGCUUUAUUUAAGAAAACACUAAAGCGAGCACUGUAUAGUAAGCAUUUCACACGAAGGCCCCUUAGUGUCUUUACAUUACAUUAUAUAGAGACUGUAACGUGUCGAUGUAAAAUCUCCAAUCGUGUAUGUAAAAGCACAUUUUAUUGCGCCAAAGUUUCGGAAAUUCUAUGAGACGUCGGUGCGCGGUGACGUCAUAAUCAAUGAAAUGGAAUCGCAUGAAGCUUCUGUUUGUCCUAUAGAAUGUUGACGGAUUCCAGGAGAUUGCGUCACAACUAGUUGUCUAACACUAAUGAUUGCGUUGUGUCGUGUCUUUUUUUCUAGCAUGGGUCAAGAAAAUAAACGUUUUGGUAAUAUGUGUA